AAUGAAACCUUCAAAAAGAAUGAGUAUGUAAUGAAUGGCUACCUCUGUUAUUGACAUUGCUGUGCUACUGUAUGUAUUUUGGUUUUAGAAGGCGUAACACAUUUAAAGGAUAUCCACAAUUUCCUUCAAAAUAUAGAGGACAUGCAGUGAGGACAUGGAAGAGGAACAUGCAACAUUGCUGACAGAGUUUGUUCUCACAGGAUUUUUAUAUCAACCACAGUGGAAAAUACCCCUGUUCCUGGCAUUCUUGGUAAUAUAUCUCAUCACCAUCAUGGGGAAUCUUGGUCUGAUUGCUGUCAUCUGGAAAGACCCUCACCUUCAUAUCCCAAUGUACCUACUCCUCGGGAAUUUAGCUUUUGUGGAUGCUUGGAUAUCAUCCACAGUGACCCCAAAGAUGCUGAAUAACUUCUUAGCUAAGAGUAAGAUGAUAUCUCUCUCUCAAUGCAAGAUACAAUUUUUUUCCAUUGCAAUUGGCGUAACCACAGAAUGUUUUUUCUUGGCAACAAUGGCAUAUGAUCGCUAUGUAGCCAUAUGCAAACCUUUACUUUAUCCAGUCAUUAUGACCAAUGGACUGUGCGUCCGGCUAUUAAUCUUGUCAUAUAUAGCUGGUAUUCUUCAUGCUUUAAUCCAUGGAGGAUUUUUAUUCAGACUAACCUUCUGUAACUCCAACAUAGUACAUCACAUUUACUGUGACAUUAUCCCAUUGUCUAAGAUUUCUUGUACUGAUUCUUCUAUUAAUUUUCUAAUGGUUUUUAUUUUCUCAGGUUCAAUUCAGGUAUUCAGCAUUGUGACUAUUCUUAUAUCUUAUACAUUUGUUCUCUUCACAAUCUUAGAAAAGAAAUCUGAUAAGGGUGUAAGGAAAGCCUUUUCCACCUGUGGAGCCCACCUCUUCUCUGUCUGUUUAUACUAUGGCCCCCUUCUCUUAAUGUAUGUGGGCCCUGCAUCUCCGCAAGCAGAUGGUCAAAAUAUAGUGGAGCCUCUAUUCUACACUGUCAUCAUUCCUUUGUUAAAUCCUAUCAUCUACAGUCUGAGAAAUAAGCAAGUCAUAGUUUCAUUCAUAAAAAUGUUAAAAAGAAAUGUUAAGGUUUCAUACUAAUAUCCUUUUUCUAUUUACUAAAAUAGUCACAAAAUUAUGCAAGUUAGAGGUACCUAUGUUGUUUCCAGUGUUCAAACAUUUUUGCAAGUAUAACUGUCCUAGCACUUUAAUGACCUAACAUUUUAGUACCUAA